AUGCCGCCGAAGAACUUCUACCACAACUUCUCCCACAUCUGCGACGUGAGCCAGUGCAUGUACACGCUCCUCGUGGCCACGCGCCUCGUCGGCCGCUUCGACCCGCUCGUCGUGUGCGCGGCGAUCUGCGCGGCGAUCUGCCACGAUUUGGAGCACCCGGGCCUGUCCAACGUCUUCCAGAACUCGGAGAAGACGGCGUUGUCCCUGCGCUACGACGGCAAGUCGCCCCUGGAGAACCACCACUGCGCGUGCUUCGACCUGUUGGUGACAAAGCACGGCCUCCUCGACAAGCUCAACGCGGCGGACGGCGCCAAGUUCACGGCGCUCGUGAAGCGCAUGAUCCUGACGACGGACAUGGCGAACCACAACCAGCUCAUGUCGGCCGUGCGCGAGCGCCUCGAGGGCGGGCAGAAUUUGUUGGCCGACGCCGAGGGCACCGCGCUCGUGCUCAGCCUCGUGCUCAAGUGCUCCGACAUCAGCAACCAGGCGCGGCCCUGGCGCACGGCGGAGCGCUGGACGGGGCGCGUCUACGAGGAGUUCUACCACGAGGGCGACCUCGACCGCGCCGCGGGCCGGCCCGUGUCCGCGCUCCACGACCGGGGCACGAACAACAUCGCCAAGUCCUCCGUGGGCUUCAUCACCUACAUCGUCGAGCCCCUCUAC